AUGGGCAUGGAAAGCAACGAAGUUGAGGGAUGGAAGAAGGCAAGGAACCACAAUCGUGGUAAACGACAUGAGAAGUCAGGGAGCAUAGAGAAAGGAGGAAGAAGGGAAGAGGGGAAGUCGACUACAACAACAUUCUUCGUUACUAAGUUUGAUGAUAAAUGGGAGGCCAGGGAUUUAUAUCAUGAAUUUAAGGAGCUAGGUGAUAUUGAUGAGGUGUUCAUACCAAACAAGAAGACUAGAUGGGGGAAGAAGUACGGGUUCGCUAGGUUCUUUAAUGUAGGGGAUGAAAGGGUGCUGGAGAUGAAACUUGAUAACUUAUUCCUAGAUGGAAGGAAGAUCUUUGCCAAUCUACCUAAGUUUGGACGUAGGCCUAUUUACCCCUCCAUCUAUCGAUCCAAGCCCCGUGAUGCUCAGGAGGUCUAUCUUUCUGUUCAAGCAAACACUAAAGUAAAGAAUCCCAGUGGCAUUAAGGGAGUCAAGAAAGGAGUUUCUUUUGCGGAGGUCUUGAAGGGUGAAACUUCCACCAAAGUUUUGGAGUUUACCCCUGAUAACGACAUUUUGAACAGCUUAUCGAAGGCGUACGUGGGGGAGGUUGGUGAUCCGGCUUCAACGUUAAACAUGCAAGCUCAGUUCUACGCCGAAGGAUUUUUUUCGAUAAAAUGCACAUCUAUCGGGGCAAACCUGUGUUUACUUGAGGAUGAAAAUGAAGGGGUUUUAAAGGAAAUGGUGGAAGGUGGAAGUGCUUGGCUUGGGCAGUGGUUCAAGGAGGUUAGAGCUUGGAGUCCAAGAGAGGUUGACAAGGAAAGAGUGGCGUGGGUGAGGGUCUUCGGUGUUCCGUGUCAGGCAUGGACCUAUAGUUUUUUUAACCUUAUCUCUCAGAACUUAGGAAUUCUUUUGAAAGAGGACGAAGAAACCAAGAACAGAAAAAGAAUGGAUGUGGCCAGGAUUCUUAUUCGUACCAAAACACUUUCGUUGAUCAAUGAAGAGUUCAAGGUUAGGAUUGGUGAAGACCUCUACAACAUCUUUAUGGCAAACGAUGUUAAGAGAGAGGAGGAGGUUCGUAACAGAAAUAAUAUCCACUAUGCUUAUGACAGGAAUGUUGAAUCUUCAUCUGAGUCUUCGGUCAAUGAAUCUGAAAAAGAUGUUGGAGAUAUGAUUCUGAAUAUGUCCCGGAGAUAG